AUGCAAGCAAGAAAGAUAAGGUACGACGUCAUCGGCCUGGCCGAGAUGAGACGACGCCAACCAUUCAACACCGUCUAUGACACCGGAGAAGAACUGUUCUUCGGAACAUGUGACAGUAGAAGAGUCGGUGUUCUCGUCAACACGAGCGCAAAUUACGGAACAGCAUUAGUAGUGGAAUAUGUCAAUCCAGUGGUACAGUUUCUUUCCAAUUCCGUAAAAGCAUCGGAAAAAAAAUUUGAUAUGACUGAUCUUGAAUUGCUCUGUCGGUUAUCUGAAUAUUCUCUUGAUGAAGCCUUCGCUCGAGAUAUAAUUUGCACUGUUCUGAGUCAUCUAGAAAAAAAAUCACCAAAGGAGUCCACAUUAAAUAAAUUGCUCAAUGUCGUUGCUUCUUUGAUUGGAAAAGUUGCUGACCCGAGUGAAUUCAUGAGCACUGCAGACAAACUCACCAAACUAAAUCUCGUUUCAAGUAAACUGUCGAAUGUGGUGUAA